AAGUGCGGCGCGAUCGUAUUGGGCGGGAGCACCACACGGAGCGAAGAGAGGCCGUGGCUUACACAUAAUCGUUCUCUCCCGCUCGAGCCGGUCGGAACUGCCACGCACUCCUGACGGCCCGAUCCCCUCGUGGUAAAGCGGCCCUCCUCGUCUUCUCUCUUCUGGGUGCUGGAAGCGCGCGCGGGUUGGAAAGUUUUUCCGUUUGGAUCAUCGAUUGCUCCGGUCACCGAUGGAGGGUAGCAGCGGGGAAGGCAGCACCUCUCCCUCGGCGGACAUGCCCUCUCCGCCCUCACUCCAAAAUUCUCCGAAUCCAGACUCCAGCGGCAUGGUCAGCGAUUGCGUAACAUCAGCCGCAUCGGGGGGAGGACUGAUGUGUCCCCCGAUGGUCAGUCUCAGUCCCAAGUCAACUAACAAUCCAGUGGUCAGCAUGCAAGGCCUCGUGGUUUCUAGCCCCAGCUACCAACAACAACAACAGCGGACCUCUUCGGCCAGUCCGCCUCAAAUGGUGUCCAAGCCCUACACACCGCCCAUGUCUACGGCCGGGGCGAUGUCCGCCCUGGCAGCCGGCAAACCUCAGUUGGAACACAUGCCGGCCCAUAUGGGAAUGUUGGCGAUGAGGAAUGGGGGUGUCCAUCACCACGGCUACCUCGGCGCCCCGCCCCGGCUGGAGCGCCCCAUGCACCCCAUCUCGCCGCCCGGUAUCACAACGGACGCUACUGCCAAUGACUGUCGCCUCAUUGACUAUCGGGGUGCUAAAGUGGCCGCUUUUCUGGUCAACGGCGAUUACCUCUUAUGUCUACCUCAGGCUUUCGAACUGUUCCUAAAACAUCUGGUCGGGGGUCUGCACACUGUCUAUACAAAACUUAAACGAUUGGACAUUACCCCCAUCGUCUGCAACGUGGAACAGGUUCGCAUUUUGAGGGGUCUUGGUGCCAUUCAACCCGGAGUCAACCGCUGUAAACUGCUCUCUUGCAAAGACUUUGACACACUCUACAAAGAUUGCACUACUGCAAGGUAA